CGGAAGUGACGUCGCAGCUAGCGGGGCUGGAGGGUUCGGGUGAAAAUGGCUGAAUACUUAGCUUCGAUAUUCGGGACUGAGAAGGACAAGGUUAACUGCUCUUUUUACUUUAAGAUCGGGGCCUGCCGGCACGGGGACCGGUGCUCGCGGCUUCACAACAAACCGACUUUCAGCCAGACCAUAGUGCUGCUCAACCUGUACCGGAACCCACAGAACACGGCCCAAACCGCAGAUGGGUCGCACUGUCACGUCAGCGACGUGGAAGUGCAGGAACACUAUGACAACUUCUUUGAGGAAGUGUUCACAGAACUGCAGGAGAAGUACGGGGCGAUCGAAGAGAUGAAUGUGUGCGACAACCUGGGAGACCACCUUGUGGGGAACGUCUAUGUCAAGUUCCGGCGGGAGGAGGAUGCUGAGCGGGCAGUGACGGAGCUUAAUAACCGCUGGUUCAACGGGCAGGCUGUUCAUGCGGAGUUAUCGCCGGUCACCGACUUCCGGGAGUCAUGCUGCCGACAGUACGAGAUGGGGGAGUGUACCCGCGGUGGCUUCUGCAACUUUAUGCACCUGCGACCCAUCUCUCGCAACCUCCGGCGACAGCUCUAUGGGCGGGGACCUCGGCGCAGGUCACCUCCAAGGUCCCACACUGGCCACCACCCCCGAGAAAGAAACCGAAGACGUUCCCCAGAUCACCGGCAUGGCCGCUUUUGAAACCCCGGCCACCUUGCCCUCCACCCUUCACAGGCAGAGUUCCUGGUUGGACUGGGCCCCGACCCCCCAAGCGCCCUUCUCUCCCUAACCUCACUUCCCCGGGCUCCAGCACACUGUGAUGGAAUCUGCUGGGUGCUGGGGGCCUAAUAAAGUCUGCAUUUGGUA